CAGGGGGCGGAGCCGCUGCCCGGGGCGGGGCGGCGGUCCGCCAACUUCUCACUUCCGCCCGCGCCGGAUGGAGAAGGCGGCGGCUUGGAGACCGCGCGGGAGGCUGAGUCGUCGGAGGGCGCCCUCGGGGGGCGGGCCUCCCAUUGCAGAAGGCCCCAGUGACCCUCCCGUGUCGUCCUGGGCCCCCAACAGCGGCCCCCAGUGUCCCCCCAGCAGUGGUGAGAACGAGCUGUGGGCCGCUCUGCUACGCGCUGUGCGCUCCGAUCCGAUCUUGGACAGCCAGCCACUGCCCCCGCUGCCCCCCUUCCCCAGCCAGGAAGUAGGGCUGGAGCACCCUGCAGCCUCUGAGGUCUUCACCGUAGGGACCAAGACCUUUACCUGGAUACCCUUUCCGCCGGCGCGCGGGGCCCUAAGCCCUGCUGAUAGGCCAUUACCAGGAGCUGUGGGUUCCCUAGGGUGCCCCACCCCACCCCCAGAAGAUCAGCAUGUGCCAGAUCUCAGCAGGACCCCGACCCCCCAGGAACAGCUGACUAAGGAGGGGCCCCUGGCCCUGCGGAGCUGCCCACUGUGCCAAAAGGAGUUCACACCUGAGCUGACCCAGCUGGAUGUGGAUGGCCACCUCGCACAGUGCCUGGCCGAGAGUACGGAGGAUGUCGAGUGGUAGCUGCUGAGGGACAGCGUGGGGACCCAAGGCCCUGCUUGGGCCUGCACAUUAAAAUUGGGUUCUUGCUAGUGA